AACCCACCCCCCUCAAGUCAUAACUAACUGACUAAUACUAAGUCUCGAGUCUGCAGAGACUGCAGUCUGCACUCCACUGUGUGCAAGUGUGUUACGUAUUUGACGAGUUCCAGGCCCCAAGUAUUUUUAUUACAACAAUACAGUAACAGUUAAAAUAAAUAACAGUUAUUGUAACGUUAUACUAUGGCAGAACCACUGCGUAACAUCCACCCUGAGGUGGCGAAGCUUCGGCAAGAACUUAUAGAUGUUCGCCGCCAUUUCCACAAACAUCCUGAAAUGGGCUACAAAGAGUUCGAAACAGCCGCAUAUGUUGCAAAAUAUCUGACAGAUCUGGGAAUGGAGGUAUCAACUGAAAUUGGAAUCACCGGAGUUGUGGGAUUACUCAAAGGAGGCGCAGACGACUCCGAUAGCCCCUGUAUAGCUCUGCGUGCAGAUAUGGACGGAUUACCACUGCUGGAAGAAACGGGGUUGGACUUUGCCUCAGUUAACGAAGGGGUUAUGCAUGCAUGUGGGCAUGAUGGCCAUAUGGCGAUUCUGCUGAUAGCUGCCAAGGUGUUAAGGUGA